AAUGGAAAUUGUUUAUUAUAAUAUUAAUCAUCAUUAAUGUUCUAAAUCACUGUGUUUUGGUGAACAACCUGUGUGGCCAUAGUCUUCCUAUCAUCAACAAACCUAUGUCAGGACAACUGUAACACAUUUUGAUUUUUUUAUAGUGCACAAUGGCAAACUCGAGCACAGAUUCAGAAGAAUACACAUUGAGAAAACGUUUACCACCAAGAUUUCCUCAAAGGCCUAAUGAUGUUUACAUAUCAGAUAAAACUAACUUCAAAGCUCAAGAGAACAAAUGCCAAAAGCUCCUGGACUCUGGGAAUGAAGUUAUAAUUCACGGUUUAGGUAAAGCUGUCAAUAGAGCCAUUAACUUGGCCCUGCAGCUGAAAUCAAAAGGACUAGGCACAGUACAAGUGUGUGUUCAGACAUCCACAGUUGACCUUGUAGAUGAUUAUAUUCCAGAAUCUGAUGACAGAGACAUGAAAACUGCUAUCAGAAACAACUCAGCCAUCCAUAUUCGUGUUUACAGGUCAGAUGAUAUCUCUCAACUAAAGCAAGUGGAACCCCAGUUAGCAGUUAAAGACAAGUCAUAACUGUCCUUCAUGCUCAUAGUAUUUGUUUGUUGAAAUGUACCUACAUUGUAAAAAUUAAAUCUACAUAUUCACAAAUAUCCAUGUUCAUCUAAUGAAUCAAUUAAAUAAAAUAAUUUUGUUAGUUUUUAAGUUCUAGUUCGUUUUGGGUGAUAUGCUCUCUUCUAUUUACUCUUAUAACAGAUGAUUUUUC